UGGGGCUUCUGCCACUUUAAUAUCCCCUGACGUCAUUCUGAUGCAGGGCUGAAGAUGACCUCGUGCGGUAGGAGGGAGAGAGAAAUCUAAGGUGUUGUUUGAUACAGUUCCUCUUUCGCUUAGCCUAUCGAGAGCAACAUUACGCCGUCAUACUGGCAUCUCCUCAAGUUUUCACUUUAGAGAAGCAUCACACAGGAAUGCGCGGAUGCUGACAGGCCGCUGUGUAGAAUGCGCGCGUUGUCACAGCGACAGAGCGGCUUGGAUACAGAACGUCACAGCAAGAGCGUGAACGCGCCAGGGAGAGAGGGAGAUAGCGAGGAAGCGCGCGCGAUUGAGAGAGAGAGAGACGGGCAAUCAAAAAGCACAGCAUCUCUCCCAAAUGCAAAAGCCGCGGGACCACUGUAGCAAACGCUGUCUCGGCGCACCGGAGCCGGUGGUGAGCACAACGACCGCGUUGUUGCAAGAGAAGCUGAAGAUGCCGAUAGAUUAAACCCGAGACUUCGCGGCUAAAUUCAGUGUAAAAUCAGCGUUCGUUGCCGGGAAAACGGAACAUUUCACGAUAAUCUAAAUGUAAAGACUGUUGGUUAGGAUCUCUGAGAGUAAAAGCAAGUCGUAGACGUGAAUUUAUGUUUUUCUUUAAUCUCCCAUAUGUUAUGUUGGGAAAGUCAAGCUGUCGCCUACAAACACCAAUUUAAACGGACAAAUUCAACAAGACUUCAUGUACGUAUACUUUCCGUAAAUCGAGAGCCGCACGUACGCAGUUUUUCAUUUUUAUUUAUUCCUAAUGUGAUGUCGAUGUGUUGUCAGUAGACGCCGUGAAACAUUUAGGCUACUGCUGUUCUCGGACACCGGAUAACAUAGUAACGUUUUUUUCCCGAGUCUCUGCAUAUGAGAAAAUGCAGCUCAUGCUGAUGGAUUUGCCCUGACAACAACAGAGAAAACGAGGAAAUACCCACAGUUCUCAUUAUACAUAAACCGCGGAUUUCUGCCUGCUGGUCAUAAUCAGAAACUGAAGGGCUGCAGCAGCAAGCAGGUCAGAAAAAUUAUGAGACGCAGUCGCGCAGUGACACACCAGGAUUGCUGACCAUCUGUGUGGCCUUUUUGACUGACCCCAUGAGGACGGCUAAGGGAGAUGGAACGUAACAGAUUGUUCAACAUUGCUGUCUGCUGCAUUUCUACGAUAACCAACGAGUGCUGAUCACAAGCUUAGUCGCUCCUCCACCCCAACCCUUCCACAGCCCCCUAUUCCUGUCCUCCCUUUUUGUUCCCUCUUUUGAAUUCCUGCAAGAUACCCAAGCAGCCAGGUUCACUUAUUCCCCUAUGUUUGUUUAACUUUCGUUUGCCCUUUACAUGUGACGAAGCACAGAGGAGGUUAAUUAUCCGCUGAAGCGAAGAGAGAAAGAGAGAAAGACAGAGUCAUGCAUCUCCCUCAUUCCUGUAAACGUGACUUGGGCCAUGCCCGCAUUUUAGAAUCCACUCACACGAUCCCCAUCCUCUGGUUGACGCUCUGGAUCGCACUGGCAUCAUGCCAACGUAUCGAUCCUGGUACCAAGUAUCCCACUGUGACCACGAACUACGGCAAGUUGCGUGGGAUCAAAAAAGAGCUCAACAAUGAGAUUCUGGGUCCAGUGGAACAAUACCUGGGUGUCCCAUACGCCACAGCACCCAUCGGGGACCGCCGCUUCCAGCCGCCUGAAGCUCCAGGGUCCUGGCAGGAAAUGCGUAACGCCACGCAGUUCGCCCCCGUGUGCCCACAAAACGUGCAUGGUGUUUUGCCUGAAAUCAUGCUGCCUGUUUGGUUUACAGACAGCUUGGACGUAGCUGCCACCUACAUUCAGAAUCAGAGCGAAGAUUGUCUCUACCUCAAUGUCUAUGUGCCCACAGAGGAUGGUCCACUCACAAAAAAACACGAUGAAUCGACACUGAACCGGCCACGAGAUGAAGACAUCCGUGACCGCAGGAAGAAACCCGUCAUGCUGUUUAUUCACGGUGGAUCUUAUAUGGAAGGAACCGGAAACAUGUUUGAUGCCAGCGUACUCGCGGCGUACGGCAACGUCAUUGUGGUCACCAUGAACUACAGACUGGGAGUUCUGGGUUUCCUCAGUACAGGAGACCAGUCGGCUAAAGGGAACUAUGGCCUGUUGGAUCAAAUCCAAGCCCUGCGAUGGCUGAAUGAGAAUAUUGGGCACUUUGGCGGCGACCCUGAGCGGAUCACUAUCUUUGGCUCUGGGGCUGGAGCAACUUGUGUCAACCUGCUCAUCCUAUCACACCACUCUGAGGGCCUAUUUCAGAGAGCUAUUGCUCAGAGCGGCUCAGCCAUCUCUAGCUGGUCCAUUAAUUACCAGCCCUUGAAGUACACCAAGAUUCUGGCACGUAAAGUGGGAUGCACAUACGGCGAGACGGCAGACCUGGUGGACUGUCUCCGCAGGAAAAACUUCCGAGAGCUGGUGGAUCAGGACAUCCAGCCGGCUCGCUACCAUAUUGCAUUUGGACCUGUUGUGGAUGGAGAUGUUGUGCCAGAUGACCCUGAGAUCUUGAUGCAGCAGGGGGAGUUCUUGAACUACGACCUUCUUAUUGGUGUAAACCAAGGUGAGGGGCUUAAGUUUGUGGAUGAUGGUGGCACUGAGAGUGAGGAAGGAAUUUCAGCAGCAGCUUUUGACUACACCAUCUCCAACUUUGUAGACAACCUCUAUGGAUACCCUGAAGGUAAAGACAUUCUGAGAGAGACCAUUAAGUUCAUGUACACAGACUGGGCAGACAGAGACAAUGGGGAAAUGCGGCGCAAGACUCUCCUUGCAUUAUUCACCGAUCAUCAGUGGGUGGCGCCAGCCGUCGCUACUGCCAAGCUCCAUGCAGAGUACCAGUCACCCGUCUACUUCUAUACAUUCUACCACCACUGCCAAACAGAGACACGACCCGAAUGGGCAGACGCGGCACACGGGGACGAGAUUCCGUAUGUGUUCGGCGUGCCCAUGAUCGGAGCCACAGACCUUUUCCCGUGUAACUUUUCCAAAAAUGAUGUCAUGCUUAGUGCUGUAGUCAUGACCUACUGGACCAACUUUGCCAAGACCGGGGAUCCCAACUUACCCGUUCCUCAAGACACCAAGUUCAUCCAUACCAAGCCCAAUCGUUUUGAGGAAGUAAUCUGGACCAAGUUCAACUCUAAAGACAAGCAGUAUCUCCACAUCGGCCUCAAGCCUCGCAUCCGUGACAACUACCGUGCAAACAAGGUUGCCUUUUGGCUGGAAUUGGUUCCUCACCUUCACGACGAGUUCCUUAGCUCCACCACAACUCGGCUGCCUCCGGGGACCACCCGUACCCCACCCUGGAAGGGCACGGGAGCCCGUACGACGCGCCAUCCGUUCCCUACCUUCCCUUCGGAAACAGAUCCAGAUGGCUCGGAGCCUCCCAGAUUUUCGCCCUUCCCGGGUGACACUCGCGACUACUCCACUGAAUUGAGCGUGACGGUAGCUGUUGGCGCCUCUCUUCUCUUCCUCAACAUUCUCGCCUUCGCUGCACUUUACUACAAACGCGAUAAACGGCACGAGAUGCGACGGCACCGGCUGUCCCCGCAGCGAGGCGUGCCCGCUAAUGAUUUAGCGCACAGUCAAGAAGAGGAGAUCAUGUCUCUCCAAAUGAAGCAUUCGGAGCACGACGCGCAUCACGACAUGGAGCCGUUGCGACCGCAUGAUAUUUUACGCCCGGCGUGCCCGCCCGACUACACGUUGGCACUGAGACGGGCACCGGACGAUGUUCCGCUAAUGACCCCGAAUACCAUUACUAUGAUUCCUAGUACCAUCACCAGCAUGCAACCCCUCCAUGCCUUUAACCCUUUUCCCACAACCACCGGCCACAACAACACCCUUCCCCACCCCCACUCUACUACCCGUGUAUAGUACCGUUCCCAAAACAAGAGGACUUGCUCUCUUGCAUAUCCGGUUUUCUCUCUCUGUCCACAUUUUGAACUACUCCUGCAUACGUUGUAUACAGUAUGGAUGUGUGUUUAUUGACUCUACAGCGAGCAACGGUUUUGGCCGGCAUAUUGGAAUUCAACGUGCCGUUUGUUUAUCCACAAUGCCCUUAAAUAGCCAGGGCGACUGACUGGUUAAUGAUUGACUAAUGAUCUGAUGUCAUACAAGGGAAAAAAUACACAUUUUCCCCACUUUUCUUCUCGUACUGAAGUGGCAGAGUGCCAAUAUCAUCUCUCCAUCUACUUUCUUUCAUUCUUUUCUUAUCCUUCCUUGUUUUUCAUUACAGUGCUGUCACAACCAAACCAUGCGUCUCUCCUCCUGUGAGCACUGCUUAAAUGUGAUCUGUAAGCUUGGAUUAUGUUUUACAUGAAUUGUAGGGGCAUUCGAUAAAAAAACAAAACCUGGAUAUGUUGUGUUUACCUGCAGUCUUGUGUCAAGUAUUAAAUUAUACCUUGUAACAACAGAUACAGAGAAUGAGAGAACAUGACAAUGUCUGACAGAAGACGAAAACAAAAGUGCCAACCUGCUCUCUCUAUCUCUCUCUUUCUCCCCAUCUUAUGGUUUGCCUAUGUGUUGUUUCUUAGGAAGAUUUUUGUAUGUACAGAUAUAUAGACAAAUAUAUAAAGAAUGAUAUAUAUUUACAUGGUUUGCUCAGUGGGAUCUAUGCAUGAAAUGUUUUUAAAACAAGAAGGACACUGAGCUGUAAACUCUCACAGCACAUUAUUUGUUUAUCCACUUUAGUUUGCGUGCUUAAAACAGGUACAAAAAUGAUGUCAGCAUCAGUCAAGCUAUUCAAGCGAUAUUCUCUCGUUCAAUCCCAAGCAAAUCGAAGGUUACUGACAAAUAUUUUACUCGUACAGAUUUGUAUUACCAGUGACCUGGAUAGUGCUGUACAAUUUAGUGCACAAGUGAACUACCAGAACUACCAGUUACAUACAUCUUACAUCUCUUUUAAAAGGCCUGUGACGGUGUACAUAUAUAGCAUUUAGCUUUUAAUUGACAUUUUUCAGGAGGCGAGGCAAAUUCAAAUGAUGUUUUUUCACCUCAUAUCGCUCUCCUUAUUGUUGCUCUUUUCAUUAAAAACAUUUUUGGUAUUUGAGGAACCAGCUUAGUAUGCAUCUUUAUAUGAAUUUGUGUGUACACACAAGAAGAGUGAAUUUUUCAGCAACGGUCUCUUGCCAUGAAGCGCGUACAUUUGUUUUAAUGCAAGUAUGUACAGUAAGUGGCUGAUCACACAGAACGCGUUUUAACCCUUUUAACCCGUUUCCACCGAGGCAGCUGUCCUGUCAAUCAAAUAUGAAAGCCUGAACGCUCUAAACUUUGAUUUGCUGUUAACUCUUUCCCCGCCAUUGUUUUAAAAAAAGUUGCAAGCCAGCGCCAGCAUUUUUCAUGAUUUUCACAAAAGAUUAAUGCCUUCCAGAAAAUGUUGUUCUUUUAAUAUAUAAACAAACAAUAUAUCAAUUGCUUUCAAACA